UUAAAAGGAGCUGCAGUGCAGCUGAGCUGACACCGAGGCUGAGACUGACUACAUCAUGAAGGCUUUCAUUCUUCUGGCUCUGUUCGCAGUGGCAUAUGCUGCUCCCAUUGAGGAUGACAAGAUUGUUGGAGGCUAUGAGUGCAGGAAGAACUCUGUGGCCUACCAGGUCUCUCUGAACUCUGGCUACCACUUCUGUGGAGGCUCUCUGAUCUCCAGCACCUGGGUGGUGUCUGCUGCUCACUGCUACAAGUCCCGCGUCCAGGUGCGUCUCGGUGAGCACAACAUUGCUGUCAAUGAGGGCACCGAGCAGUUCAUCAACUCUGCUAGGGUCAUCCGUCACCCCAGCUACAACAGCCGCAACCUGGACAAUGACAUCAUGCUGAUCAAGCUCAGCAAGCCCGCCACCCUCAACAACUACGUCCGCACCGUGUCCCUGCCCUCCAGCUGUGCCGGCUCUGGCACCCGCUGCCUGAUCUCUGGAUGGGGCAACACCAGCAGCUCUGGAAACAACUACCCUGAUCGCCUGAGGUGUCUGGAUGCCCCCAUCCUGAGCGACAGCAGCUGCAGGUCCUCCUACCCUGGACAGAUCACCUCCAACAUGUUCUGUGCUGGAUUCCUGGAGGGAGGCAAGGACUCCUGCCAGGGUGACUCUGGUGGCCCCGUGGUGUGCAACGGUCAGCUGCAGGGUGUGGUGUCCUGGGGUUAUGGCUGCGCCCAAAGGAACAAGCCUGGAGUCUACGCCAAGGUCUGCAACUACAACUCCUGGAUUCGCAACACCAUGGCCUCCAACUAAAGUUGCUUUACGGUCCCUUCUUACAGGACAGAAAACUGUAUGACCCUUUAAUAAAUGGAAAAAUCAAAGACA